AUGUGGUGGAUGAAGGCCCUCGCCCCGGCUGCCUUCGCACGCAACGGCCAUGGCUUCUCAAGGCACACAGUAGCAGCAGGAAGCACUAGCAGUAGUUUCUUCAUCGCUGCAGCUCCCUUCUCGACCACAUCCCCCGACAGCAAGGGCGCAACCCGGUACCCACCGCGGCCCAAACCACCGCCAGAACACGAGUUCACAGAGGUGUACCUCAAGGGAAGCGGGCCAGGCGGCCAGAAGAUUAACAAGACCAACUCGGCCGUCCAGCUGAGACAUAUCCCCACCGGCAUAGUCGUCAAGUGCCAGGACACGCGCUCCCGCGAGCAGAACCGCAAGUUGGCCCGCGAGCACCUCGCCGAGAAGAUCGACGACAUGCUCAACGGCGACCAGAGCCGCUCCGCCGUCGUCGCCAGGCUCAAGGCGAAGAAGAAGUCCAGCGCUGCCAAGAAGAGCAGGAGGAAGCAUCGCGAUGUCAUUGAGGGCAGAGAGCAGGGCGAGGAGGGAGAGGAGGAUGACGAAGGGGCUCUGGAUUCAGACGGGACGGACGGGGAGCCUCUACGUGACGACACUCCGAAACGGACUGUCAAGAUCCAGGAAAUCAGGGUUUGA